GCAUCAUGGCCCAGAGCAAGAGACACGCAUAUAGCCGGGUGUCAAGCACCGGAGCCAGGAUGAGUGUGGAAGCCAGCGGCAAGCCCUUGAAAGUGGGCUCCCGAGUGGAAGUCAUCGGGAAGGGACACCGUGGGACCGUGGCCUACGUCGGUGCCACUCUGUUCGCCACAGGAAAGUGGGUCGGAGUCAUCCUGGAUGAAGCAAAGGGCAAGAACGAUGGAAGUGUGCAAGGCAGGAAGUACUUCACCUGCGAGGAGAACCACGGCAUCUUUGUGCGACAGUCCCAGGUACAGCCCCUGGCCAGCUUGGCCUGCUCUGUGCUCGCCAGCCUGCCGGGGGUGGGGAGGGCGUUACGACCGGCCCGCAGGUGAGUAUGAGCGAGGGGACCUCCGCAGGAGGCUGGCUGUGGCAAGGCACAUGGAGAAUGGCAGUCGUGUAGUAGAGGAAACGAGGGAGUCGGGGGGGAUUUGUUCCACAUCUUAGAUGACUGUCCGCACGUCCAAGGAGUAGGGGGAGUAAACAGGAAGAGCUAGAAGUACUGGGACCC